CCCUACCUUAUCACUUGAGCCCCUAUAAAUAGAGGCAUUAUAUUGAACAAAUGCAUUGCACUCAUCUCAAGCUUUUCUCUCUCUCUCUCUCUUUGCACUACAUUCUUGAAUUCACAACCUACAAACAAUCCAAGAAGAUGUCUUGCUGCGGAGGAAGCUGCAACUGUGGCUCUAGCUGCAAGUGCGGCAGCGGCUGCGGAAACAUGUACCCUGACCUGGCAGAGAAGACCACAAACACUUCAGCAACUAUGGUCCUCGGGGUCGCACCUGCGAAGGAGCAAUUUGAGGGGGUUGGCAAGGCAGCAGAGUCUGGUGAGGCUGCCCAUGGCUGCAGCUGUGGCUCCAGCUGCAAAUGCAAUCCCUGCAACUGCUAAAGGAGAUGGUGAUCUGCAUCAGCAUGCUGAUGAUAUGUACAAGUAAAUAAAGAAGCCAUUUGAUGCAAUGGCUCCUGUGUGUGUGUGUGUGCGACAGUGUGAGUCAGCUUGUGUUCUUCAUCCUGAUGUACUAAUGUGGCCUGUGAAUAUUGUGAGGUGUCUCCUGCUUUACUCUCUUGUCAGAAUGUAAUUAGAGGCUAUAUAUCAUGGCCUUGUGAUUGGAGCACCUGAAGUUUUUACAGACAACAUUAUGUUUGUGUAAUAUAAUAUGGUUUACUUGUGCAUGUA